AUGUACAAAGAUGAGUUAAGGUUGAAAGACAAAUUAUUAUCUAAUUAUACGAAACAUAUAAGACCUGUCGUUAAUUUAACUGCUUCGGUCGAUAUAAACGCAGAAUUAUGGCUUGAAUUACUCUAUGGUUUGGACUACGUAAAAAAUAUACUUGUGGGCCAGUACUGGAUUCAAUUUCAAUGGACGGAUGAAUUCUUGAGAUGGAAUCCAUUAAACUACAAUAAUAUUACGCGUAUCUAUCUACCUAUAAAUAAGGUAUGGACCCCGUCUAUUACAAUGUUGAACACAUUAAUGGAAACACAAUCUAAAAAUAAUUUUCUCGAAAUGACUGUGGAUUUUAAUGGAUCUGUCACAAUGGUGGAAAUUAAACUACUACAAACCUUUUGUGAAAUAUAUGUUUACAAUUACCCUUUUGAUGCACAGACAUGCGUUAUUUCUAUGGGUAUCCCAUCGCAUAAAUUUCAAGAUACAAAAAUAAAAGAACUUUCAUGCUAUCGUAAAAGUGAUAUAUCUGACUCUGAAUGGGGUAUCAGCUUCUCUUGUAAUGUACAUGGCACAAACAACUCUUUCUCGUACGCAUCCGCUACGCUGUACUUACAUCACCAAAUAAAGAUGGGUACCAUCGCUAUGCUGAUUCCAACAAUAAUGAUGACUAUAUUAACUAUCUCUAUUUUUCUCCUGCCACCAGAAUCUGGUGAGAAAGUUUCUCUAGCAAUGACAAUAUUUUUAUCAAAUGUCUUGUACUUUCUACAAAUCCACAAUGGCUUGCCAAAAAAUUCAAAUCAAUUCUCGCUUCUUACCUUUUAUUUAAUGAUAUUAUCACUGUUAAGUGGUAUCGCUACUCUUGGUUCGGUGAUUAUAACCAGGCUGUAUGUAAAUCAGUUAGUUGACAAUAACAAAUUGAACCCGUCGCACCAAAGUAAAACUUCGUUAAAAAACAUUAAUCAAAUUGCUGAUAUUUCAACAGUGUCUAAGGAAGAAUUUAAUCCUGUACCUAAAGCAGAUAUUUCAAGGAAAGGGAUGAAAAAAGGUAUUUUCCAUUACAGCCGACUUGAUGGUAUAUUCCUAAAAAUUAUGAUUCUAACAUCGGCAAUAGUUUGCAUUUUCUUUAUGAUUCUGUCUUAG